AUGUUGAUCAAGGUGCGAACGCUGACCGGCAAGGAGAUUGAGCUGGACAUUGAGCCUAGCUACAAGGUCUCGCAGAUCAAGGAAAAGGUCGAGGAAAAGGAAGGCAUCCCGCCUGUGCAGCAGCGCCUGAUUUACGGCGGCAAGCAAAUGACCGACGAAAAGACCGCUGCCGACUACGACCUCAACGGCGGCGAUACGCUGCAUCUCGUCCUUGCUCUCCGUGGCGGCCGCCAAUAG